ACGUUUACGAACGCACCCUACCGGCUCUUGUUGACGUCUGCAAAAAUUUUGACACGAGAACAAAAAAUAAACUUCACGAAUCACAAUGGAGACGGAAGAACGCGAAGUUUGGGAAAAUCUGGCAGAAUGGGACAAUUUGGAAAAUCCAUUGGCACCACUUACAGAAGAGCAGCAGAAAACGAUUAUCGAAUUGGCGGCCUUGUGCGAUCAUAAGCUAACCGCCCAAGAUGAAAUAACAGAGACGAAAGCCCCUACCCCUCUAUAUGUUAAAGAUAAGAAACAUAGUGACACUACGAUUCUGGAUAGCUUUGCCUCUUUGAAGAGCGGUGAAAAGACUAUUGAUUCAUCACAACAGUUUUACCAAUGGUACUCUGAACUGGAGUGGGAAAUGCUGCAGGAGGAAGAUGCAGAGUAUCGAGCUUACUUAGCCCAGUUGGAGAAACAUCAAGGAGAUUGUCAAGAAUUAUUGAGUCAAGUGACAGGAACACUAGACAAACUGUCCAAACUCAACAGUCAGUAUGGCUUUGUCUCAAAUAAAACCACCUCCUUGCAUGAAGCAUGUGAGCAAAUGCUAAUAGACCAGACCAAGCUGUCAAACCUGGCUGACGAGUUGGAGAAUAAAGUUUCAUACUUCCUUGAGUAUGAAAAAAUACAAUCCCAACUUAGCUCACCUACUCUGUCCGUUCAUGGGGAACUUUUUCGCAACAUUUUGGAUCGCCUUGAUAAAUGCAUCGACUACAUGCAAUCUCACCCUCAAUACAGGGAAUCGUCGACUUACGUAACCAAAUACAGGGUUUGCCUUAACACUGCUUUGUCAUCUGUACGAGGUUGGGUUCUGCAAGCCCUGGAGCAGUGUGUGCAACAAGCAAAAAAGUCGGACGGCAGUACUCCAACAACAGGUGAAAGUUACGCAUUUACUUUGUUGUACGGUAAAUUCCGACUACAUGCCGAUAAGAUGAAACAGCUUAUGACCGAUAUCGAACAGCGCCAUGAAAAAGGACCUGAAUACGAGCAAUUGUUAAGUGAUUGUCAUGCGGCGUACUUCAACCAGCGCUUGUUGUUGUUGCGACCCAGCGUCGUGGCCUCUCUAACGGACCUUUCAACCACCUACCUGCGCGACCACUGCGCCCUAACUCGCUGUUCAUGCACGUUUCUCUUGCGUAUAUGCCAUGACGAAUGGCAACUUUAUCACCAGUUUUUCGGCCUACAAUCCCCAUUACUUGAUGAUUAUAUGGACCAGCUGUGUGCACUGUUGUACGACCUCCUCCGCCCGCACAUUAUUCAUUCUAAUCACUUGGAAACUUUGGCUGAGCUUUGUUUUAUUCUUCGCGUGGAAAUGAUUGACGAACACAUCAACAACAACCCCGAACAACUCGCUGCGUUUCACCGCACCGUUUUGCAACUCCUUUCUGAUGUGCAAGAGAGGUUGGUUUAUCGGGCCCACAUCUACGUUCAAAAUGAUAUCAUCGGAUACAAGCCCGUUUCCGGAGAUUUGGCGUACCCGGAGAAAUUGGAAAUGAUGGAGAGUAUCGCGGAAGGACUGCAAAAUCAGGCUUCACAAAGUCUCGGGCGCUCCGUUUCCGUCUCGUCUAUCUCGUCCCAGGAUACAGUUCGUUCCCACACUGGAAAUUCGCCGGCCGAUUUGCACGGCAUGUGGUAUCCCCCUUUGAGGAGAGCCUUGUUGUGCCUAUCCAAACUUUACCGCUCUGUCGAUCGUUCGACAUUCCAAGGUCUUUCCCAGGAAGUUUUAGCGGCGGCUUGUGCGGCCUUGGCAAAUGCUGCGUCCCAGAUUAUGACAAACAAAACCACCCUAGACGCCCAUUUGUUCCACAUCAAACAUCUCCUAAUCCUUCGUGAGCAGAUCGCUCCUUUUCAAGUCGACUUUGCUGUCAAAGAAAUGAGUCUGGAUUUCAGUUCUGUGAAAACUGCCGCGUUGGGAUUGUUCCAGAAGAAAGGCCGACUAUUUUCGCUCUCAGCUAGCAAUGCGUUGCUUGAGUUUCUUCUUGAAGGAGCCCCGCAAGUCAGGGAACAUUUGAAGGAUUCUAGGCGCUUGGCCGACCGCCAACUCAAGUCGACAUGUGAAGCUUUUAUCGAUUAUUGCGGCGACUUUUUGAUCGGACCUAUUCGUGUUUACCUUGCGAAAAUGACGGCUUAUUUGAAAAAUAAUGCUGCCGACUUGUCUGGGCUAACGAAACAAUCAUUUGCGCAACCUGAUGUUGUGCAAAAUUACUCUAGCGAAUCGCAAAAGUAUCUCCGGACUCGUUUGCCCGUCGUUCAACGAAGCUUGCAACUUUACUUGGCCAAUAGAGAAACCGAAUUUAUCUUGUUCAGACCUGUUAAGAAUUUAAUAGUCGCUAGCUAUCAACAACUGCACCAAAUCCUGAUAACGCAUUACAGCGAAGAAGAGCAAGGAUUGAUCGCAGCUCCUUCGCCGGAGCACAUAUCGAUUCUACUUUCGGCUAUGCUAUUAAAGAGACCCGAGUCUGUGUUCACAGACAUAGAGAAGAUACCGGACUCUCCAAGUCCAGCUCAAGAGCUAAAAAAUGACAUUUCAUAGUUAUCCCGAAUUAUUAUAGAGAGAAAGCUGAUUAAUCCCUAUAUUUCCAAUACAUUUAUGCGCGUGUUGAACGAA